GCGCUCCGUACUUACGGCAGCAUUGAGGAGAAAACAUGGCGGCCGUCUUGGCAAGGAGAGUGUCCGGGCUGCUGAGGCCGCUGUCUGUGUCUCUGUGUGCGAAGACACCGCAGCUCUGCCUCUUCUCCAGCCUCACCCAGCCUCCGCCUCUCUACAGCUGUGCUGCAGCCGCCGUCCGAGCUCCUCUGCGGGCUGCGGUGGGUCAGACACCCCGGUACAACAUCCUGCAACGGGUAUCGCCACUCAUUCCCAGUCUGACUCAGCAACCAAGCAGAAGUCUGACGUAUUACAGUGUGAAGAAAGGGAAAAGGAAGUCUGUAAAAUCUGUGACCGAAAGGUUCAUGAGGCUGCAUUGUGGCCUUUGGCUCCGACGCAAGGCUGGAUACAAGAAGAAACUGUGGAAGAAGUUACCUGCCAGACGAAAGCGCCUGAGGGAGCACGUAUUCUGUAACAAAACACAGAGCAAGCUAUUGGAUAAAAUGACAACAUCUUUUUGGAAAAGGAGGAACUGGUAUGUUGAUGAUCCAUACCAGAAGUACCACAAUCGUGUCAACCUCAAACAUUAGUGACAUCUUAUUUUCUGUUUGAAUACAAUGUAAUAAAGUUAUAUAUGUGAUAAAGUCA